UAGGGUUGGCCUUUGCCUUAACUUUGACUAUCUUGUGUUGAGGAUUUUUUCUGCUGAGUAAAGUGUAAUCGGAAACUUGUUGGUGCUAUUCCCUGGACUACGAAAAUGUUUUAGCUAUCGUUGCUUUCUUUUCUAAUUAACUUCUAGCUGUCGAGAUUUUCGGGAAAGAACAUUGCUGCGCCAGUAUGUAUGCAUGUUGCGAUGCGAUUGCAAUAAUAGACGCUCAGUCUUUUUUAUUCCUAUGAAAACAUCCACCGCUGCUUUUCGUUAACAUUAUUUAUGGCUUUGAUGUCACAUUUUUUACGCCUGUCUGGUAUGGACUUGAUUUAUCAGUAAUGCUAUCAAGAAAUGUAUCACGAUCGACUUUGUGACAGCACAGCUACUAUUUUUGGCGAGAUUUUUCAUCACUUCAUUUGCUUUACUUCCGAGAUGGACGAUAACACGGGUUCGUUGAUAUAGAAGAAGGAAGAGAACUGGUUUCAAGCCGCAUCCAAAUUUCAACUUUGACGUGAUCAAUGUGACCGUUUCACAAUCGAGACAUAGUAAUCCUCGGUAAUCCUUUGAAGGAAUGCAAAGUCGCUCUAGAGCAACUUAGAGACAGCCGAUAUGUUUCCGACAGAUUUUCUUGGUAGUUUAGCGUCGAAUCCUUGAAAUGAAUCGACUGUUUUUUUUUUUUUUUUAAUCUUUUCCAGGUUUCGAGCAUUGCGUUACAAUUGACUUUUCCUGUUUGCCAUCGUGAUAAGUAUUUAAGCAUUGGGUUUGGCAACUGCCACUAAAAAACCAUAGAUUAAAUUUUCUUAAUUAUUUUUCUUAUUAUUUCCACCAGCCCAGCAACACAUGCAACAGUCAGGUGUACCUUUGAACGCUACUUUACAUGAUUGAUUGUUGGUUUUUUAAUCAGAUUUUAAGCCCAGACGUGACAUUUCGAUACGACCUCCUUACUUAUCUUUGAUAGCCGAUGUGUUUAUUAAUAGUAGCAAGGAUACCACCUUUGGGAUUUUUCUUUUUGUUUGCAGGCCCAGUUCGAUAAACCCAUUUGUUGUUUGUACAUCGCUGACCGUGAGUAUAAGAGACAGAUAAAAGUAGGCUGCUAUUCCAUUAGUUCGAAGACGAGUCUCGGCAUCACUUUAUUGAUUUUAGUCCCUUAAAAAAAAGAGAAAGCGCAAUACCAAAUUUGUGCAAAAUGGGUCGUAGUCCCGUCUUUUGGGGUAUCACAGGUCUAACGGGUGCCAUCAUUGGUGUGACGUUAGCCGUUGGUCUACCUUUCCUCGUUAGUUUCAUAAUCGACCAGCAACUGAGACUCACACCGGGUACUAUUAUGUACAAAUUCUGGGAAACUUCACCCGUUCCGAUGUAUAUCCGAUUCUACUUGUACAACGUCACCAACAGCGAGGAUGUUCUCAGAGACAAUACGACGAAGCCUAUCGUCCAAGAAAUAGGCCCUUUUACUUACACGGAAGUGCAUGAGCGCGUCAAUGUGACAAGAUUGGAUCAUAAUUACACCCUCCAAUUUCAGCAGAAAAGAUAUUGGCAGUACGUGGAAGAAAUGAGCAACGGGUCUUUAGACGACCCAAUUACCACCCUCAACGUCCCACUUUUGAGUGCGGCGUACACGAUAAGAUUUUCUCCGCCGUUCAUCAAAACAGGGUUCAAUGCUUUCGUCAAAGCGACUAAUACUGAAGUCUUUAUAACAAAAACGGUGGACGAACUCCUUUUUGCCGGCUAUUCUGAUCCCUUGUUAGAUUUCGCUCAGUUAAUACCGCCAGGAUAUCUUGAUAUCCCUCAGGGCUAUGACAAGUUCGGAUGGUUCUAUGGGCGUAAUGGCUCCGAAAAAUUUGAUGGAACAUUCAAUAUAUUCACUGGUGUGGAUGACAUCAGUAAACUCGAUGUCAUGGACAUGUGGAAUUACAACUCUAAAACCGAGUAUUACGAAUCAUAUUGCGGGUACGUCAACGGAUCUUUCGGCGAAGGAUGGCCACCCAGAAGAGAACGAACUAGCAUAUCCAUGUAUUCUUCUGAUCUUUGCAGAUCCGUUACGUUGGACUACACGAAAGAUGUCAGCAAAAGUGGUGUGACGUUUUAUCGAUUUGCUGGAACGAAAAAUAUGUUUGCUAGCGCCGAGGAAAAUCCUGACAAUUGGUGCUUCUGUUCUGGCGGAGUCUGCAAUCCUUCAGGAGUCACAAAUUCGUCAACAUGCCGUUUUGGAUCUCCUGCCUUUGUCUCCUUUCCUCACUAUUUCUUGGCCGACCCUUUCUUCCAAGAGCAAGUGGAAGGAUUGAACCCUCAAAUUGAUUUACACGAGUUCCACAUUGAUCUAGAACCGCGCACAGCAGUUCCGUUACAAGUAGCAGCCCGAUUCCAAAUCAACAUUCUGCUGCAGUCUAUUAAAGGCAUCAAAAUUGUCGAAAACGUCAGAGAAGUCUACAUGCCAGUCAUCUGGUUCGGUGUAAGCGCCGAUUUAUCCGACCACUUGCUGGGCUUGAUCCAUUUCACCUUGAUAGGACCGUACAUUGGAUCUUUUUGUUUUUUCUUGCUUUUCGGUGGAUGUAUGGUUUUGGUCGCCAAAAGUGGAAUCAAAUAUGCAAAGAUGAACAGAAAACAACCAAAAACCGAAGCAACAGCAGAGGAAGAUAAAAGCGAGCGCAACAAUACGGAAUCGAUCGAACGUGAAAAUGAUCAAAUUCAAUAGAUAUAUGAACUGCACAUAUUAGGUGGAAUACUAAAACGGCCAGUCAGCCAUUAAUCAUUUAAAAAUAAACCACUGUAUUUAA